GUCUAGGGCGUGUGUGAUGAUAAAUACUUGUGCGGAUAAGAAGAGUUUUGGACUAUAUUGUGGUUCAUGGGGUUGAUACUUCGUCAAUUUAAAGAGGGUUUUGAGAACAAAGAGGUCUGACUUUGCAAGCUUUUGCUUUUUUGGUUUUCUGUUUUUUGUUUUAUGUAGGGUUGAACGUGCAGCAUUCUUUGAACGCUUUGGUGUUGUCUGCAUUCAAUUUAGUUAGUAGGAAAGAAUAAUCAGUGCCAUACGAGCAAGUUCAUUGUUCUUUACAGUUACUGAUUGGGAGCUCAACUUUGGAGUCAGGAUGUUUGAUGGAUUUGUUCUGCUGAAAAGUUAGUGGUGGGAAUUCAGUGGUUUGAAGUUUAAUCAAGUUUGGGCACACCCUUUCUCCACUGGUUUUUGUUGUUGCUUGUCCUGAUUUAGCAUAUGAACCCUCAAAUUCAUCAGUUGUAAAGAAUUCUUGGCUUUCAGUCUCUUGUUUCCCCAGUCUCCUCUUGUUUGAUUGCAGUGGACGGUGAGAAAAAGAUAGAACACGAUGGACUCCUACCGGCAAACUUCUACCGGAUAUUCGUCUUCUUGCGUGGAGUCUCCACUUAGCGUCAAUUCCCACAGAGGUAGACCAGCAGAUUAUAGUCACAAUGGGUCUAGUUUUGGUCCUACACAACAUGAUGGGUGCCAGAAUCCUGAGAAUAGUAGGGAAAAUGGAAAACACAAUUAUGCGAUGGGAGGAGAUAUAAGGGAGGAGGGGCAGAGGCAAGCUUUUGUAGGCAUCCUGGAUGUAUACGUCCACCAUGCCAGAGAUAUUCACAAUAUUUGUAUCUAUGACAAGCAGGAUGUGUAUGCUAAGUUGUCUCUUACCAGCAAGCCGGAGGGAGCAUUCUCAACUCAAAUAUCUAAUGGAGGAGGAAGGAAUCCCGUAUUCAAUGAGAGUUUGCAGCUCAAAAUCAACAGUCAUGUAGAUACAUCUUUGAAAUGUGAGGUAUGGAUGCUAAGCCGUGCAAAGAAUUACCUAGAAGACCAGUUGUUGGGUUUUGCCUUGGUGCCCUUGGCUUCUGUUGUAGGUAAGGGAAAAGUGACUCAGGAUUUUGCAUUGUCUUCAACUGACCUUUUUCAUUCCCUUGCUGGUAUAGUUCAGUUAACUCUCUCUUAUCAGGGAUCAGUACCCUCAGAUUAUCAUAGUCAAACAAUUGCUGAAGCAAACUUGGCAUUGUCGUCAUCUGACAUAAGCUCAGAAGCCGUUUUACUGGGUCAUGGAAUGGAGAAUUCUGAAUCUAACAGUUACAAUGACAUUGAGUUCCCUGACCUGCAAAUUGCUAGCGAAAAUAAUCAAAUGGUUUCUGAAUACAUCAAAAUGGCCUCAGAUGAUCUGAAACCUGACAACUCUCUAAAGAUAGCUGAUCCAAAUGAAAGUGAAUUCUGUGGAGCAUCAUUUUCACAAUUGGGUACUUUUGCCUCGACAGAAGGUGACUAUGAAAUGGCACCCAAUGUGACAGAUGAGAAAUGUGCAGAUUCUUUAACUGUUACUGCUAAGGUUGAUAAUUCAUAUGAUUAUGGAACCGACCCAGAUGCAGAGAAUUCGUCUUUCCAUGUUGGCAGCUCUACUACAAGCAGCUCAAGUGAAGGCCAGUGCCCUCGUGAUUUUAGUAUUCAGAAGGGCGGCUCUGGUCUGGAAUCCUCCAGGUUCCUUGGAAUUGAAAAUGCUUCCAAUGGAACUUCUUUAAAUGGUAUUGGUCAUUCCUUGAGCAAGGAAAACUUGCCUUCUAAGGAUUCAGUCAAAGGAGUUGCGGCUUCUAGUAGUCAACCAAAGGUUUCUGAAGAGGGAAUGGCAAUGCCGGCAAUGCCAUACACAAAUCCUCUUGUAAGUAUAAAUCUUGAACCUGAACAGACUGUGGUGCAGCAGCAAAUAGUUGAUAUGUAUAUGAAGAGCAUGCAGCAGUUCACAGAAUCAUUGGCAAAGAUGAAGCUUCCAAUGGACAUUGAGAAUAAGGGUUCUGAUGAUUCCGCUAAGUCUGGAUCCGAUCAGAAGAAUGUGCAAUCUGGGAGAAAUGGAGGCUCCAGAGUUUUUUAUGGCAGCCGAGCAUUUUUCUGAUAUUUGAAGAUAAUGCAUUUCAAGAACAAGAUCAAAGACAUAGUGAAGAUAUUUAUGGCCCCUAACAUGGAAGUGUGAUAAUACGUACAAUAAUUAGGUAUAUCUUUUUAGUUUUUACAUUUCAUAGAAAUAGUUUGUUGAUGGCAAGACGCUACUUCCUAUGACAAGAAAAUUGAGGCUUAUGCUUGUGUCGGAGAUGAGCACUGACUUUUCUUCUGCACUCCAUAACCACAUUUCUGGUUGUUGGAAACUUUUCUUAAUAAAGCUGUCUGUUAUGUUUGUGGUGUAAA